AACCGCCCUCCUGGUCCCGAACUUACGCCACUCUGUUAGCUCAUGGACCGUAUGGGGGUUGAAAAACAACCCUGUAGCGUACCCGUAAUCUAACAACUGUGGGAGCUCUCUCUGCAAGUCCAUGUCUUUAAUCUGCCGCUUUUUUAAAAAGCAAAUAAAUAAAUCAUAUGCUGCUUGCCUUUCCAUUUCUAAUCAGCGCUGUUGCAAGGCUUACAGACUUCGGCAGCACGUAGGCUAGGACUAUAUUUAUAGCUCCUAGGGCCGCGACCCGCAGUGGUCGUUUGCCGUCCCCCCCUUGCUUCAGAAGGACCCGCUCCUACUUCCCCAUCCGUGGCAGCCGUGUCUGUCCGUAGUCGUCGACGUCGGGGUCACCAUUUGAUGGAGAAGGAAGACUUGCUCGCCAUAUGAUGAUCGACAAGUCUCGUCUUUAUUCCCGAAUUACGGAUUAUUAUACACCUUUUAAUUAGCUCAUGCAUAGUGCAAAAUCCCAGCUCACCAUUGGCUAACUAGCUAUCAGCUAUUUACGUGCUAUUUUGGUAUAACUACUUAUUACUUUCCCAGGCUGUUUUUCUCCACCACCUGCUCGGUGCAUUACUUCAUCCGCAGGCCAAGGACACAGUUUAAUUGGAAGGCAACUCCCCUCAUUUUCUAUCUUGGUCAAAUUAAUCUCACUGUGAGCUUUAGCUCGGAGCUAGCUUGUUACAAAGCUCUCAACACAGAACAUAUUUUCAUUCUGAGUAUCUUUCUGUAAAUGAACAUUCUGUCUCAACCAGGAGGUAUUUUUGACCAGCUGUUAAAACUUCAGAAGUACACCUAGAAAAGAGGCAAAGACAGUUUCCUGAAACAUCUGCCUUUUAUUAAAAGUCCAUCAUAUGGGUCAAAAGAAGGGUGAAAAAACCAAAUCAGUCCUUUUACUUCUUCAGUAUGUGAUUUCACAGAUACUUUUAAUUUCAUUUUAAAGAAAAAAAGGAAAGUAGCAUGUACAGGGAGAACAAUCCAAUAGGAAAUACUAAAUCUGUACCUGUUUGUGUGUCAACUCACCCGCAAAUGGUGAGUUAAAAGAUAAUUUGUAGCAUUUGAAAUGUCUUCAAGUAGCCUUUACACUCAGCAAAACUUUGGUCACAAGUGGAUAAGGUGAUCAUGGGAUCUGUUCCAUGAAAAAAAAAUAUCCCCUUAGAUUUUUUUUUUCCCUACUGUUUUUGAUAUAUAUUGCAUAUUGUGCCUUAAGGGCAGCAGCUACAUAGAGAUAUCUCUCAGUAUUCGUUCAGUAUUUGACAGUUAGGCUGUUCCAAUGUACCUUAGGGAUUUUUAUUCUAAUUUUAUGCUGUCAGACUUUUAUUUCUCUGACUUUGUAUCCUCUGUGGUAAUAUUACUAAAAGCUUUCCGGUUUUGUGGGUAUUUUUAUUAAAAGAAAAGUAAUUGUAUUAAUCAGAGCUUAGUUUUUCUUGCCUUUUUCUUCCAGAUUAUCCCAAUGGCAUUCGGCUCACGUCAGCUGUUCCAGGAGCAGAUAUCAAAGUACUCAUAAAUUUCAAUGCACCAAAUCCUCAGGACAGGAAGAAGUUUACAGAUGAUUUGAGGGAAUCAAUUGCAGAAGUUCAAGAAAUGGAAAAGCACAGAAUAGAGUGUAAGUACAAAGCCGAGCUGGAGAAGCAGAAGGGGGUGGUGCGUCCCAGCAUGUCGCAGUGCUCCAGCCUGAAGAAGGACUCCGGGAACGGGACCCUGCCCCGGGCGUGCCUGGACGACAGCUACGCCAGCGGCGAGGGGCUGAAGCGGAGCGCGCUCAGCUCCUCCCUGCGCGACCUGUCCGAAGCAGGGGUCCAUCAUUAGCAGUCCUCACAUGCGCCGAAGAGCUACAUCAACCCGAGAGUGUCCAUCUCGCCCUCACCAGACUAUGCCCAACUCCUCCUCACUCCUAGGGUCCCUGUUCGGUAGCAAGAGGGGCAAGCCCCCCUCGCAGAGCCACGCGGCCGCGCAGACCCCGCACCACGCGGAGGGCGCGGCCGCCGCGCCGCACCCGCACCACGCGCAGUUCUGCCACCAGAACCCGCCGCCCUACCACCACCACCACCACCACUACCACCCGCCCCUGCACCCGCACCCGCACCAGUACCACCAGCACGGGCACGGCCACGGGCACGGCCCCUACCUGCCGCACGCCCCGCACCACGGCCCGCACCACGGCCCGCACCACCACGGGCCGCCCCCGCCGCCCGCCGCCGCCAGCACCAAGCCCAAACACAGCGGCAUCAGCACCAUAGUCUAGGCCUAAAGACCCUCCUCGUGACUCUAGUUCCAAACCCAGCUGCAAAGGCACUUAGAGGAAGCAACAAAAUCACACCGUCAGUUUUUACCCAGGCCAUUUAAUGAGCUUAAAGGCUUGCUGUUACUAAAUAAAAUAAUUCCAGUUAGCCCAGGCCAUACUGGUUUUACUUAUCUACUGGAUAGAUGUUCACCACCAUCUGGUUAGUUAUUUCCAAACUUGCCUUGACAAUGUGCUGCUUGCUGAAUCUGAGGAAAGCUACCUUUUACACCAAACCCCUGGACAAUUUUACACACAUAAUGAAAAGCUAGCCUAUGGAAAAAAAACAGGGAAAAAAGUCAGACAGAACCAAGUGUUGCAUUCUUGCUCUUUUACUCUCAAUGGGCAAAAAAAAUAAGUAGACCUGAUAUGGUUGAUGAAAGUACGUAAGUAAACUUUAUAUAAUAUAAAUAUAUACAUAUAAAUAUAUAUAUAUAUAUAUAUAUAUACUGUAUAGUUAACAUUUGUGCUUGGAAAGAAAUUUUUUCAGUCCACAAAACUAGCAAUAUAGACUUUACAAGGAAUUCCACUUACUUGAUAGGACAGUAUAAUAGAUGAAUAGCAUAUGAAAGUAGACCAAAACCAUUAAACGUUAGAAACCAAUUUCAAACAUUUCAGUAUUUUCAUCACAAGUCCCCUGGACUUGUUAAGAUUUCUAAGCAAUCAUUACUAAAUGUGCCAAGUAACAUAGCAUUUAAAUGUUAUAGUCCAAUACUGCUUUGUAUAAAUCCUUAUUUUAUUAACACGAUGAUAUCAUACGUAAUCAGUAUUAGAGCUGCUCUGCUAUUUCAGGUAAGCAAACUCGUUAAGAUGCAGUAAUUAUUCCGUAGCAAUGGAGGGUGCCCACCUACCAGGGGGCACCUCCGAGCAUUGGUCACACAAGUUCUUAGACACUUUAAAGGCUGUGAUAACUGUGAAUUUACAUGAUCCACAUUUCUUUUGUAAGCAUAUGGAUUGAACGAGCACAUGGGAAGAGUUCCGCCAGGUGCAUGUAAACACUGCAAAAACAUUCAUCUCAAACAUGAAAAUGGCAAACCUCCAUCCUUCUCAGCUACUUUGGUUCCUGUUUGCCAUAAUUGCUCAUUUUUACCCCCAGCGAAGCUGAAUUCUAGUCCAGAGUGUUUCCAGUGGAAGUGCUCUAAAACUUGAAGGUUUGCUUUAGAAUUUAGUAUAGGGUUUUUUUAUAUAUAUAUAUAUAUUAAAAAAAAUUCAAAAUCUGUAAUUCCAUGUAGCCAUGUGCUAGCAAUGAAGUGGCUUUACCAUUUUUACUCAUCACAUUUGUUAGUUUGAAACACCCAGCACUCAGCAGGCUGAGUUUAUGCUCAAACCUUCACUUCCAUAGUCCAGUUAGUUGCAAGACAUCACAUAAAAAUAGGCUGUGCUGUUGUUGCUUAUGUGUUGUAACCAAACAAUUUGCAAAUUUCUCUACAAUUUGUAUCCCGAAAUCCUGUACAAAGUUAUCCAUGGCACCUACUUUGUAGUUUCAGCACUUUGAGCCACUGCAAGGACUUAACACCUAAACAGUAGAGACAAAGGAAUCACAACUGCAAAACUGUACCAGCCUAAAAGCAAACCUUGAAGAGGAUGAGCAAAAAGUUCCAGUGAGAGAUGGAUAAAAGUAAUCACAGCUCCAACCAGUCGGGUUUCUGUGGAACAGAAAACAAACAGUAAUAAAAGCGUCCCAAAUCGGGAGGACAUGGGAGCAACAGAGUGACUUGUCCUGUUGGCUUGCUCAUGGCAUCUCUAGUGUGGGGAGGAUGGGAGAGGUUCAGUCAUUUUUUCCCUUUCAUACCAUGGAUACCACAAUACCAGCAGAACUGCAAACUGAGCACUUUGUUCACCUCCACAGAGAGCAAAUACAGCAAUCUAGAGUUUAGCCUUUUGUUUCCAGCAGUCCACGUUUGUUUCACACAUGUGCAAUAUGUUUUCCCCUUCUGCUCCUUCUCCUCAGAAUGAUCUCCAUGAAAAGAAAACAAGUGAUUAUUAUUCUUUUUCUGUGUCACUCAUUCUAUUCUAAAUUCUGCGGCUUACCUUAAGAGGGCUCACCUGGGUCCCCUGAGGCUCUGUUCCUUGCAGUUUAAAAAAUAUAUACUGUUCUUAUAAGGGAAAGUAGAACUGUCUGCAUGUCAUCUAAUGUUAUUAGUGUGAGGCUACACUCUACAUAUUGUAUAAUUGCAAAAUAUAUCAGUGUUACUGUUGAUAUUAGUUGAAGUAAAGUGAUAACAUGUUUCAAUAUGUAGACUUUUCUUCAUACAUCUGUACCAAUAGUAGAGUCUAACUGUAAUUUAUAGGU